UCACAAAAGAAUUUUUAUUUUUUUCCACCUGCUUCCAUUAGGGGGUGAUCACACCAAUGUCACUUGCAGACACCUGGCCAGAGAUGCCCCUGGCCAGAAGGCAGCUACAGCACAUGGCCUGUGACGGGCUCCCCUCUCUUCACGGACUUCACUGCCCCUCACGCUGUGAAAGAUGAGGGGAAAGCCUUUCUUUGGUAAUUUCUCCCAGCCCAGCAGCCCAGCCUUGCCUAAUCAUCUGCGGAGGCAGCUUGCUGCUGGAAGCCUGGUGACCGAAAAGAGUCUGCCGGUGGUCCCACCAGCCCCAGCCUCAGAACUCAGCCAUGAUCAGGAGAAGCUUCCUGGGGGCAGUAAGACUUGGCCAGCACAGGGUCCUUCCUGGCGUCCCGCAGGUCUUACCCAGACUCAGCCCCACCUCAGCAUUCGGAUCCUCCGCGGACUCCCUGGUCUCAAGGUUCUGUCCAGAGAAGACGGAUUUGAAGGAUUACGCCCUUCCCAAUGCCAGCUGGUGUCCAGACAUGCUGAACCUAUACCAGGAAUUUCUGGAGAAGACCAAGACCGAUGGCUGGGUCAAACUCCCCUCCUUCAAGUCCAACAGAGACCACAUCCAGGGGCUGAAACUCCCAUUUGGGUUAGCAGUUGCCUCAGACAAAAGCGACUGGCGCAUCUUCACCAGAUGUAUCCAAGAGGAAGGACAAGGCUACGAGUAUGUCAUUUUUUUCCACCCAUCCAAGAAGAAGUCCAUCUGUCUUUUCCAACCUGGCCCCUACCUGGAGGGGCCCCCAGGGUUUGCACAUGGAGGGUCCUUGGCUGCCCUGAUGGAUGAGACCUUCUCUAAAACGGCUUACCUGGCUGGAGAGGGGCUGUUCACAGUAAGCCUCAACAUCAGGUUCAAAAACUUGAUCCCUGUGGGCUCUGUGGCUGUCCUGAAUGUUGACGUGGAAAAGAUCGAGGACCAGAAGCUUUACAUGUCUUGCAUCGCCCAGAGUAGGGACCAGCAGACAGUCUAUGCCAAGUCUUCAGGUGUUUUCCUUCAGCUGCAACUGGAAGAGGAAUCAUCCCAGUAAUAGUCACUAAGCCUUCCUGCUGACUGCCUUGCCUGCUAGGGACCCACUACAGAGCAGGGAGGGGUCCCCAGGAAGUGACUGGUGAGAUAAAGGAGAGGGUGCACUCCUCUGAAUAAAUAGAUUUAUGGCCUCAUUCUCAGGCUAAGACCCUUCUGUGCCCGGAAAUUAGAAUCCCGCCAGCACCUCCCAUACACCCACUUUCCCAUUCAGCACCAAGAGAUCUCCUGGGCACCUGCAGGUUCCAGGCUCUGGGUGAGGCACCAAGCACACAGCAAGGAAAGACUUUAAAGGGUAUAGCCUGGUGGUGGUCAGUAAGGGCGGGGCGGGGAGGCGCAGUGCAUGGGACAUAAAGUUUUGUUUUUUAGAAAGAGAACUCUGGUGGCCGUAAAGCAAGGGUCAGCAAGCCCAAAGGUGGGAACCCUGGUUGGGAGACCCCAUCACGGCCCCCAGCUAGAGACAGUAAGGGCCUGACAUGGGUCAGAGCUUUGAAGAUGAAAGAGAUGAAACAUGGGACAAACAAAAGAGCGUGGGACUUUGCUGCUAAUUACAUGUCAUGGACUGGUGAAGAGCUCUGCGGGAUGACACCAUGUUUCUGGCCUAGGAAUUGCAAGGGGCAUUAUCGGGAGUAGAGAGGAGCAGUUUUGAGGUGGGGGUGGAUAAUGAGCUUAGUUUCCCACCCAUGGAGCUUGAUGUGCUCGUGGUGUUUUAGCCACAUGGCAGGCACCAGCAGGAACCUGGAUAUUAUGGUCUGGAGCUCGAGACUGAUGAGCAACUGACUCGGUCUGUAAGUGAUCAGUAUAAAAAGGGACAUGGAACCAUGGGGAGUGAAGCAUGCAGAGUGACAGGAGGGAAAGGGCGGGGAGAAAUGAAGGAUAGGGAAAGGGUCACAGAUAGAACUUUUAGUCACGCUAAGGCUUAAAGUUGGGGCAAAGGAUGAAAAGCCACCAGAGACUGGGGAUAGGACAGGAGUGACCAUUCUGAAGAGGAAGAGCUCAGCAGUGUCCAACACUCAAGAGAAGGCAAGACAGAUGAGGACUAAAAAUAGGCCUUUGCCUUUGGCAAUGAGGAAGAUGAGGGUCUUCUUUGCCACGUGGGAGCAAAAUCAGUAAAAGAUGGGUGGGAAUGACAAGUGAAUCUAGAUGAUUCUUUCUAGGAAUGUUGUUGUUGAUGAAGUUAUUUAAGGAAAGAGGGUUGACUAUAUUUAUAAAUUGCUUUGGAAGGAGCUAGUGGAGAAAGGCUGACACUCUAGGAGGGAGAGAGGUGUCAUUCAGCAGAACACCUAUCUGGUCUCAGAGAUGGAUUGAGAGCACAGGUGGAGACAGCAUCAGUGACUCUGAUACCAAAAAAGGAAUUAGUAGAAGGGGGAGUGCAUAGUAGGGGGGAGGGGAAGGAGCUUCAUGCCAGAGGACUUCAGCGUCCUCAGUGAAACAGGAGGCGAGGCCCUCAGUGGGGAGAGGGGUCUGGAAGGAGGGCCAUGAUUGCCAUAUGCCACUGUGGGGAUCAGAACAAACCAACCAGGUACACGUGGGCCAAAGCAUGCAGAAGGCCCAACUGCUGAUGGAAAAUGGGGGUCUGGAGUGUACUGACCUGGGAUGAAUGGAAGGUGAGAGCCAGCUGGCAAGACUACGGGACAAUGGCCAGUAAGCCAGGCAAGGAAACAGCAGUGACAGAGGAAAAAGAAUAUGGCCGGCGAAUAUUUUUAAGAAGGAAUGGUCUGACAUGAAGGAGAAGAAUACAGACUGAAGGAGGAAAUCAUCACCAAGGAGAAGCCAGAGCCUCCUCUGAGCCUGCAGAGAAGAGAAGUGGGAAACUGAGCAGCGGCCUCCGGGAUGGGCAGAAUGCCAUCCAAACUAAAGGGGUGCGGGUGAGGCCCAAGAAGACGUCAAGGGCUUGAGAAGUUUUACCAAAGAAUGAGAACUCCAAGGGGGGCAUAUCACAAAGGACUUUAUUAUCAAGUGUGGUAAAGCCAAAUACUGAGACAGGCAUACCUUUACAUCUCUGAAGUGUCACCAUAUUUUAAAAAGAAUGGACAUAAAGUCCAGCUGUUGGUGUGUAGGAGUCAUUCAGGAAUCUGGCAGAUCGAAGCUCUGCUGUCUUUAACACAUGACUUCCAAGAUCAUCCUGAUGUUGACAUAUAGUUGCCAGAUAAGAGAAGAGAGAAUCAUAAUAGAGGUGUUUAGGGACCAAGCCUCAAAAUAUUUCCAUUGACCAGAACUCAGUCACAAGGCCCCACUAAACAACAAAAGGAGAACAUGGUCUAACUAUAUGUUGGGGAAGAAAGGGAAAAGGUUAGGGUGAAUAGCUAGUAACCAUGGUCUCCGUUUGAGAGGAGGAUGGGCAGAGGAAGGAAGAGUCUAUAUCCAAACCCACACCCUGGAAAGUGAAGAAUUCAAGUUCGGGCCUAGGCUGAGGAUCCAGGAGCUGGGGCCCCUACCCCGGUACCUCUAACAGAAACAGGCACGGGUUGGAAAUCUACAGAGCUGGGAAUGUCUCAGGCAAGACCCCACAGCAGGGCUGGGAAUAUCAGGCUUGACUGGAUAAAGCAGGCAGGGAUCCUGGUAAGGGAAAUAAGGUUAUCGGCUGCUGGCACACUUCUCUAGGCUCUAGGGCUUUGAGAAGCCCCUCUCCUUUCCAGGAGGUCAAGUAUCACAGCUUUCUAGGUAGGAAAGGGGAGUUGCUGCCUCCACACUUUUUAAAAAGUCAUCGGAAAGGCAACUACUCUAAAGGUAGAUGGAAUGGAAUCCACUGGCCAUCCUGGCAAAUGAGGCAGCUUAUACUGCUUAAAGCAGAGGAUAGGGCUGCCUGGGUGGGUCAGUCAGUUAAUCAUCUGCCUCUGGCUCAGGUCAUCACACCAGGCUCCUGGAACAGACCCCCUCCUUGGGCUCCCUGCUCAGCAGGGACCCUGCUUCUCCCUCUCCUGCUCUCCCUGCUUGUGCUCUCUCU